UUCUUGCUUCCCCCUCUUGACCGAUCACACUCAAAAUUCAAAAUUUCCACGUAAUGAGCGUUGCCGAGAAGCGUAUGGAGAUCGCCGAGAAACUGUCGCGGGUGGCCGCGGCCGUUUCUGACCUGAGCCAGACCAUCCAGCAAGAACUGGCCAAGGAAGAAAGUGGCGCCGAUCUGGCCGUUUCCUCCGUCUCCGCGGAGACAAAGCAGGAAAGAAUGUCCGGUGGGUCCGGUGGCCCGACGCACUGCCUCUUCGAGUCGAGCAGGACCGAGGCGACCAGCAUCCCCCGCUCCUCCUCCUGCCCUCCACCACGAUUUUCGGAAGAUCUUGGCCAGGGUCAGGUUGCGGUCCAGCCGACGAGGCCCUCUUUUUCCGCUUCAUCCGUCAUUGAAAUGGGAAGGGAGGAAGCUGCCAGGAGUUUGAGUGUUGUGAGCCAACGUCUUGGUGAAAUUCAGAAGAGCGUGGACUCGAUCGACCUGUCAGAUCACUUCAACGACGGGGCGAGAAUAGAACAGAAAAUCGCGCAAGACCUGCAGCCUCGGCUCAGUUUCAAAGAGUUCGACGUGGACCUGUGGUCAGCAGAUCCAAAGCCAAUAGCGAAAGGAAAAAUCAUCGAGAAGCCCAAGGAAGAAAGCGUGAUGAAAGAAAUCCUCAACCGACUGGACACGAUUGAAAGGAAGUUGAGCAGGAAUAAUAUCACAUGAAUCUA